GAACGGUAACAUUGCAGAAUUGAAGUAGGAAAUCCAAAGGUCUACCAAUUAGGUUUGAGCUCUCGAUUUCUUUUCUCUGUGGUUUUCUCGUCCACGGCCGUUCUCCGUCAGCUGGAUUUCUCCAGGCAGCUCCCAACUUUCCAGAGAGAGUUAGACGGCGAAAAUGGAGGGAAUUAGGGAGAUGAAAUUUGUGGGGCCCACCUCUUUUAGGGUUCCAAAUCCGUGGACCCCACGGACUUGGAAGUUCCACCACUUGAGGUGGGAUUUGGGUGAUGGAUUAAAAUCCAUGAUGGGUUCGACGAUCCCCGGCGAGGAGCCGACCAAGGAUGUCGCGGCUGAUCAUGAGGACCAGGACGUUGAGUCCGUCGAGAGUCUUGAGUCGCUGUUCCAGGUGGCGGAGGCGACGGAUGUAGAAGAGAAAGGCGGAAGCCUGAAUGAAUUCAGGAGGGUAAUAAUAGGCAUGACAGAGAGACUACAGCAAGCGAAGACGGAGAAUGGAAAGUUGGCCAGGCGUGUGAUCGAAUUGACGAGGGUGUUGAAAGGCAUGGAAGCGAAGCUGGAUAAGGUGAAGAGAGAGAAGGGGGAGACAGAGAGGAGAUUGAUGGAAAAGGAGAGGGUACUGAAGGCCAUGGAAGUUGAACUGGAGCCGUUGAUGGCAGAGAAGAGAGAGAGAUCGGGCAUAUGAUUUGCUGACGUCAAGGUCAGCUCUACUGGAACCGCUAGAUAAGGAGCUUCUACUUUUGUGCCUUGUUACUUUGAUCGUUCGCAUAGACACUGACUUGGUUUAGCCAAUGAACUUUGCUUGCAAGGUAAAAUUACUAAGGUUGUUUGUAGAACAAGUUAAGUUAUUUUAUCAGGAAAAGGUAGCAAUGAAAGCAAUAGUAGCGAAUUGUACUUAGCACUCUCAAGGUAUAACAUCCUUCUCGAGCAACUUAUUUUGUAUACCGUGACAGCUAGAAAACAAAAUUCUGUUGGCGAUAUAUUAUGAAUUGUAUGUCUUUCAGUUGCACACAAGCGUGUUGCCAAUCGGCAUUUGAUUCGGCCCAAAGAUUACCUGAAUUAUAAUUGAAAUGUUAGAAUUAUGUACAAACCACUGCAACCUAUAGGUAGGAGCUAUAGCUAAAAUUUAGUCAUUUGACAGUUGACACUAGGAGAUAAAUGCGAGACAUCUAUCUAUUUAGUAAUCCCACUGGCUCUGCAACAUCUUUCAGUGACAUUUCUUCUGGACUGACUUGGGAAAGAGGCAUCUUGUUGAGAAGGGAAGUGCCAAUUCAUCCCUGUAGAGGUAGAGUUCAGAUGCACUUACAAGCUCUCCUCAGCUCAUGGCACAAUCUGACUUCUCGGCUGGUUUGGUUCUCAGUUCCUGUUAGCAUCAUCAGUUGGCUGAUAGGGUUGGAAGUUUUCAAAAUAAUCUUAUGAUAAAACU